AGUGGACAUAUUCCAAUGUGUCCAGCUCAUUUACUAUAUUAUUCUAAUCAAAGUAAUGUUUUAAGUUAUUAGUAUUCUUGCAACUUGUUUUCAUGCUAUUGUAAUAAAACACACAUAUUUCAACUAUCUCACAUGUGCUUCAUUAUCUCAUCAAAGAUAUAUUUUCUAAAUCUACUUUACCUCUCAUUUAGUUUCCACCAUUUCUGAAUAGAUCUCAAAGAUACCAUCAUCAACCUUCAGCAAACAUGGCUGCAACUUUGGUCGGAGGUGCAUUUCUCUCUGCUUCUGUCCAAACAAUGAUAGACAAAUUAACUUCAACUGAGUUUCGUGAUUAUAUCAACAACACGAAGCUGAAUGUCUCAUUCUUGAAACAGUUACAAACAACGCUGCCGGUUCUUCAAGCUGUGCUGGAUGAUGCAGAUGAAAAGCAGAUCAACAAUCGUGCUGUCAAACAGUGGCUUGAUGACUUGAAAGAUGCAAUCUAUGAUGCGGAGGAUCUGCUGAACCAAAUUAGCUAUGAUUCUCUGCGAUGCAAGGUGGAGAAUGACCAAUCUGCAAACAAAACUAAUCAGGUUUGGAACUUCCUUUCAUCUCCUUUUAAAAACAUCUAUGGAGAGAUCAAUUCCCAAAUGAAGGCCAUGUGUGACAGCCUGCAACUUUUUGCACAACAUAAAGAUAUCCUUGGUUUGCAAACCAAAACUGGCAAAGUUUCUGGUAGAAACCCUUCAAGUUCAUUGGUUAAUGAAUCUAUCAUGGUUGGUAGGAAGGACGAUGAAGAGACAAUAAUGAACAUGUUGCUAUCAGAAAACAAUACUAGCAAUAAUAAAAUAGGUGCUGUUGCAAUUUUAGGCAUGGGAGGAGUCGGUAAAACGACCCUUGCACAACUUGUUUACAAUGAUGUAAAAGUUCAAGAGCACUUUGAUCUAAAAGCCUGGGCUUGUGUAUCAGAUGAUUUUGAUAUUUUGAGAGUAACCAAAACUCUCCUUGAAUCUGUCACUUCAAAAGCAUGGGAAAGCAAUAAUCUUGAUUUUCUUCGAGUUGAAUUAAAGCAAAAUUUGAGGGACAAAAGAUUUUUAGUUGUGUUGGAUGACUUAUGGAAUGACAAUUAUAAUGAUUGGGAUGAACUUGUUGCUCCAUUGAUUAAUGAAAAAAGCGGAAGUAGGGUGAUCAUCACAACACGCCAAGAAAAAGUUGCAAAUAUCGCACGCACAUUUCCAAUUCAUAAAUUAGAACCUCUAUCUGAUGAAGACAGUUGGUCUUUACUCUCCAAGCAUGCAUUUGGAGGUGAAGACUUUUGUGUUACUAAAUUCUCACACCUAGAAACAAUCGGGAGAAAGAUUGCAAAAAAGUGUGGUGGAUUGCCAAUAGCUGCAAAAACAGUUGGGGGUAUUUUGCGUUCAAAGGUAGAUUCAACUUACUGGAAAACAAUUUUGAGAAGUGAUAUAUGGAAAAUUGAGAAUGAUAAUAUUCUUCCGGCUUUGCGUUUGAGUUAUCAAUACCUUCCCUCUCAUUUAAAAAGGUGUUUUGCCUAUUGUUCAAUUUUUCCAAGGGACCAUGUACUUGAUAGGAAGCAGUUGGUUUUGUUGUGGAUGGCAGAAGGCUUUCUCGAACAUUCUCAAGGCGAAGAAGCAGCGGAGCAAGUAGGUGAUGAUUACUUUGCUGAACUGUUAUCCAGAUCAUUAAUUCAACAACUUCCUGGUGAUUUUAGCGUACUUCCUGGUGAUUUUAGCGGACAGAUGUAUGUCAUGCAUGACCUUGUUAAUGAUUUAGCCACAACUGUAUCUGGAAAAAGUUGUUACAGGCUCGAAUAUGAUGGUGAAACCUCUGAAAAUGUUCGCCAUUUAUCAUAUAAUCAAAAAACAUAUGACAUUUUCAAAAAGUUUAAGACUUGCUUCAAAUUCAAAUCUUUAAGAAGCUUCCUACCCAUUGGUGGAUGGGGGGGAAAUUGUUUAUCUAGUAAGGUGGUUAUUGAUUUAAUACCCACACUUGGAAUGUUGCGUGUGUUAUCACUAUCCAAUUAUCAAAACAUCACCAUGCUACCAGAUUCAAUUGGCAGUUUGGUACAAUUGCGAUAUCUAGAUCUCUCUUGUACUAAAAUCACAAGCUUGCCUAACACAAUAUGCAAUCUCUACAAUUUGCAAACCUUGAAUUUAUCUCAAUGUUCAAAUCUCACUAAAUUGCCAGAACAUGUUGGAAAGUUAAUCAAUUUACGUCACCUUGACAUUGAUUUGACGAGCAUAACAGAGUUGCCAAAGCAAAUUGUUGAACUAGAAAACCUUCAAACUUUAACUGUUUUUGUAGUAGGCAAGCAAAAUGUUGGUUUAAGUGUCAGAGAACUUGGAAGGUUUCCUAACCUACGAGGAAAAUUGUUCAUCAAGAACCUGCAAAAUAUCAAUGAUGUUGUGGAGGCAUAUGAUACCAACUUGAAGAGCAAAGAACAUAUUGAGGAAUUAACACUACAGUGGGGCAUUGAAAGUGAUGACUCACUUAAAGGGAAAGAAGUGCUUGAUAUGUUACAACCAUCUGUUAACCUAAAGAAACUGAAAAUUGACUUGUAUGGUGGGACAAGUUUUCCAAGUUGGCUUGGAAAUUCUUCAUUUUCUAACAUGGUCUCCCUUUGCAUUGAUAAUUGUGCAUAUUGCAUGACACUUCCACCAUUAGGGCAACUACCUUCUCUCAAGGACCUGCAAAUAACAAGAAUAAUGAUUUUGGAGACAAUUGGGCAGGAGUUAUAUGGCAUAGUAGGAGGAGGUUCCAAUUCUUCAUUCCAACCAUUUCCGUCUCUUGAGAAGCUGGUAAUUGAGGAAAUGCCAAAUUGGAAGGAGUGGCUUCCUUUUCAAGACAACUUAAUUCCUUUUCCUCUUCUUAAAACUCUGGUGUUAUCCAAGUGUCCUAAACUUAUGGGACAUUUGCCUAGUCAUCUGUCAUCCAUAGAAGCAAUUGAAAUACAUUCUUGUGAUAAUCUCUUGGUAACACCAUCUAUUCAGCCUUGGCUCUCCUCAAUAAAAAGACUUUUUAUUGGGCGAGAUUGGGAUUUUGAAAGCAAAACUGAAAGCACCCAACGCUUAUUGCUUGAGAGUGAUUCUCCAUGUCUGCUGCACGAUAAUAUGAUAGAGAGCUGUAAUAUGCUACUGUCUAUUCCGAAAUUGAUUAUAAACAACACCUGUCUUCGAGACUUGUAUCUCUAUGGUCUUCAGUCUCUCACUGCAUUUCCAAAGAAAGGUCUACCCACUUCUUUGAAAUCACUUUGUGUUCACGAAUGUGACAAUUUAACAUUCCUACCUCCUGAAACAUGGAGAAAUUACACAUCGCUUGUGACUCUUGAGUUACAUAGAAGUUGUCAUGAACUUACUUCCUUCCCAUUGAACUGUUUCCCUACACUCCAAUGGCUUGAAAUUUCUGCAUGUAGGAGUUUGGAAUCUAUUUUUAUUUCAGAAACUUCUCCCUUUAGCUUGUCAACGCUACAAUAUCUUUAUGUCUCUUCAUGUGAGGCACUUAAAUCACUACCUCAACGGAUGGACACCCUCACUGCUCUUGAAAGUAUGGCUCUCUUCAAUUUUCCAAAAUUGAAGUUAUCAUUCUUGGAACAAGCUGUCUUACCUCCCAAUUUACGACGAUUCAUUGUAGUCAAUUCUGUGAGAAUAACAAAGCCUGUAACAGAGUGGGGUCUCCAAGGCCUCACUACUCUUUCAAAACUGCGCAUCGGAGGUGAUGAUAUUGUUAACAUGUUUCUGAAGGAGCGCAAGCUGCCAAUUUCCCUGGUUUCUCUAAACAUAGAGAAUCUCUCUGAAACAAAAUCCAUAGAAGGAAAUGGACUUCGACACCUCUCCUCUCUAGAAUCCCUUUGCUUUGAUGGGUGUUCAGAGCUUGUUUCAUUGCCAGAAAAAUCUUUGCCCUCCUCACUGAAAUCACUUUAUUUUAAUUUCUGUCGAAAACUAGAGACAUUGCCAGAAGACAGCCUGCCUUCUUCUCUUGAACUACUGCACAUCGAUGGAUGCCCUUUGUUAGAAGAAAGGUAUAAAACAAAGGAACAUUGGUCCAACAUAGCUCACAUACCUGUCAUAGAAAUAAAUGACCAAGUCACAAUAUGAGCCAUGGCCGAUCAGAAGCAAAGGGAAUGAUGAAUUGCAAUCCUGUUUCAGAAUCCGUAGAACAAGAAGGCUAAUGAACUUUCCACUCUCAGUGAUACUGAUCAUGGUUUCCGGCAUCCUCUUCUCCAACACUGCAACCUAUUCUAGUUACUAGUUCCCCAGUUCUGUGUAUGAUUCUUAAUUUUCUGAUACUAUUCCAUUUGUAUGUGAAUAUUUAUUGUACUCUUAGUCGAUGAUAUAUCUUAAAUUUUAGAAGUUCUUCUCAAUUCAGUUAACUUGUAAUUUAUUUCAAUCUGAUACAAGAGUAAGCUAUUUCCAUCAGAUUUAGUAAG